UUUCUCUCGGUCGCAUCCUUCUAAAACCUUUGUCUCUGUUGGUAAUGGAUGGGAGACUGAAGGCGGAUUGCGGUUUACUGAACUUAAAUAAAAUGAAAUGCAACGAAUAUGAUUCGGUUUUGUUGGAUGAGAACUUUUUAAAUUCCAUUAAUCUUAAUGACUCAUUUAUAGACGUAAACCGGCACACAAGGUUACCGGAUUCAGGUUGUAGUAGUUAUAAUAGCUGUCAGUCUAGGUUGAAAGACGAAGGAGAUGUAUUCGAGGAUUCAGAUUUUAGCGAUUUAGCUCUUAAGUAUAUAAACCAAAUGCUUAUGGAAGAAGAUAUAGAGGAUAAAACUUGUAUGUUUCAAGAGUCUGCAGCUCUUCAAGCUGCAGAAGAAUCGUUUUAUAACGUUCUUAUGGUGAAAGAGCCAGUUUGUGAUAGUACAAAUGCUACCGAUCCUUUUAAUGGUUUUAAAAGGAAGGAUCUUGGUACAGAUUUUGUUGGUUUCUUUGGUGUGGAAAGCUCUUUGGGUGGUGAUGGUCUUAGUUGUGAUUCUGUUGUAUCGAAUGCAGUUGUGAAUUUUGAUCCACAGACUAGGUUUUAUCCUUCUUUCAGCUCGUUGAGUGGUACUAGUAGUGUUGUGGAUGGGUUCGUGGAUUCGCCUGUGAGUAUCUUGAAUCUUGGUGAUGUGUUUUGUGAUGGACAAUCGACUUUGCAGACUCAAACAGGUGUAGAUGAAUCAAGUGGUUUUUUUCCGAGUGUUUUGUCAGGGGAAGAUCAGAAGUUAGUUAAGGUGGAGAAGACAUAUGAAGGUGGUUCAAUCCCAGAAGAAUCAAGAGGAAGGAAGAAUGCUUAUGACAAAGAUCUUUUUGAAGACGUGAGGAGUACGAAACAGUCUGCAAUUUAUCAUGAGCCAACUGUAAGGUCUAAGAUGUUUGACGAUGCACUGCUAUAUGGUGGACCCAAAACUCAUCCUUCUCAACUUGAUUUUGUCAGCAAAGAGGCCACUAAUGCAAUACAAAAGGGUCAACCCAAGGGAGCUAAUGGGGUCAAAGGUCGUGGAAAGAAACAAGGCCGUAAAAAGGAUGUUGUGGAUUUGAGAACACUUUUGAGCCUUUGUGCACAAUCUGUAUCGGCCAAUGACCAAAGGGGGGCGACUGAUCUAUUGAAGCGGAUAAGAGAGCAUGCUUCACCCACAGGUGAUGGGAUGCAAAGAUUGGCUCAUUACUUUUCUGCAGGUCUUGAAGCAAGAAUGGCUGGCUCGGGUACUGGAAUCUACAAAGCCCUCCUAUCUAAACCUACAUCAGCUGUCGAUGUAUUGAAAGCUUACCAUUUAUUUCUCAGUCGCGUCCCCUUCACCAAACUAUCCCAUUUUGUUUCAAACAAGACUAUUAUGCAUAUGGCUCACAACAAGAAGAAAGUCCACAUAAUAGACUUCGGAAUUCUGUAUGGUUUUCAAUGGCCUUCUCUCAUACAACUUCUUUCAACUCGGCCGGGUGGUCCACCUGAGCUUAGAAUUACUGGGAUUGACUUCCCGUGUCCUGGUUUUCGACCAUCUCAGAGGGUUGAGGAGACGGGGAGUCGCUUAGCAAAUUAUGCAGAAACUUUUAGUGUUCCAUUCAAGUUCAAAGCCAUAGCGCAGAAGUGGGAAACAAUCAGAAUGGAGGAUCUUGAGCUUGACUAUGGUGAAACCCUUGUUGUAAAUUGCGGUUACAGGUUUAGAAACUUACUUGAUGAAACCGUCAUCGUUGACAGUCCAAGGAAUAAGGUUCUAGACCUUAUUAGGAAGAUGAAUCCAGAUAUCUUCAUACAAGGGAUUGUAAAUGGCUCUUAUAGUGCACCUUUUUUUGUCACAAGAUUCAGAGAGGCUCUAUUUUUCUUCUCUUCUUUGUUUGAUAUGCUCGAAGCUACUGUGGAUCGAGAUACUGAAGAGAGGAUGUUGGUUGAAAAAACAUUUUGGGGACGAGAGGCGAUGAACGUUAUUGCUUGUGAGGGUGGUGAGAGGAUUGAGCGGCCCGAGACAUAUAAACAAUGGCAGGUUAGGAAUCAACGGUCUGGAUUUCGCCCGCUAGCUUUUGACCCCGAAAUCUUGAAGAUGGCGAAAGAUAAGUCGAGGUCGGGUUACCAUAAAGAUUUUAUGAUCGAUGAAGAUGGUCACUGGUUGUUGCAGGGGUGGAAAGGACGCAUAAUAUACGCAAUUUCCUGCUGGCAACCUGCUUACUGAACAUGAGUGUUCUAUAAUCAGGGGAUAUAUUGCUUUGCAUAAUGGGCAAGUUAUUAUGAUUCUGAAAUCAUGAUUCUACAAGACAAGGCUAGCAAACAAUUAGAGAGCUGAGUUGUUUGAACAUUUGACAAAUGAAGCAUCCCAGGUUUAGUGCAUUGGUGGUAACCUGAUUAUGCUAAUAAUAGGUAUGUGUAUCAACUUUUGUCUCUGAAAGUACAGGAUAGUUGGGAUGGGUCUGUAGUUAGUCAUUAGUCUAAUGCCACAAUUAUAGUUCAUAAAAAUGGAGAAACUUGUGGGUGUCAACAUGUUGUAGACUUGUAGCUUUUUAAUAUUCAUUACAAUGUUAAUUCUAUAUCGAUGUAAUGACAUUCAAUUAGUGUAAUUAGUGUAGUUUUUUUAUAAAUACACACAAUACUUUCUUA